AUGGGCUACAAGGAGGACAAGGAGGCCUUUGUGUCGCAUGCCACCGGCGGCACCGUCUCGCGCAUCAACGCCGUCUCGCUCGUCGCAGUGACCUCGUACGCGUUGUGGACCGUCGCACACCGCCGGUGGCUCGCCAACCUCUCGUCGAGCGACCCCACGGUCCCGCUCGUCGAGUUCACCAUCCUCGUCCUCCCCCUCCUCCUGUCCCUCACCGUCCUCUCGUCGCACCCUUACGUCGUCAACCUCGUCCUCACCCUCUUCGCCGCCCUGUGGUCCCGCCUCCCCGAGCGCGAGUCCCUCACGCCGCCGCUGUCGCCCACCCUGUCCAAGAAGGGCUCCAGCGACGACGACAAGCGGCGCUGGCCUGCGCCGCCGCAGCCGUUCGCGAGACCGUUCGUGACGAGCUACCGCGCCGUCAUGAUGGUCAUGACGGUCCUGUGCAUCCUCGCCGUCGACUUUCCGGCGUUCCCGCGCGAGUUUGCCAAGGCCGAGUCAUGGGGGACCUCGCUCAUGGACCUCGGCGUCGGGUCCUUCGUCUUCUCGCUCGGCCUCGUCGCCGCCCUGCCGUUCCUGCGCGAGGCCGCCCUUCCUCGCAGCGCCUCGACCUCGACCCUCGCGAGCUACUUGGCGUCGCUCGCGCGCACGGCUCGCAAGACGGCGCCACUCGUCGUCCUCGGUCUCGUCCGCGUCGUCAUGGUCAAGGGCGUCGACUACCCUGAGCACGUCACCGAGUACGGCGUGCACUGGAACUUCUUCUUCACGCUCGCGCUCCUGCCCGUCUUUGGCGAGGCCGUCGCACGCGUCGCGGUCGCUCGAGCGUGGGACGUGCACGCCGCCGGGCUCGGCGUCGCCUUUUUGCACGAGGUGCUCCUGCGCAUGACGGGCCUGCAGCGCUGGGCGCUCGAGGCGCCGCGCACGAGCCUCGUGAGCCAGAACAAGGAGGGCCUGACGUCCUUCCCUGGGUACCUCGCCAUCUACCUCGUCGGCCUCGCGACGGGCCUGUACGUGCUCCCGCCCUCGCCUUCCUUCUUCCGCCUGCACGCGCUCCCUCCCUCGGCCUCGUCCCUCUCGUCCUCGUCGUCCACCUCGGUCGCCGAGCAGCGCCGCCUCGCCGACAAGCGCGCCAAGGCGGCCGACCCGAGCCGGGCGCGCGAGGGCAAGCGCGCAGAGUGGCUCGCGAGCGCCGCCGUGUGCUUCUGGGCCGCGUGCGCGCUCGUGCGGCUCGCGACGCCGGGAGGCGUGUCGAGGAGACUGGCCAACGCGCCGUACGUCCUGUGGACGGCCGCGUUCAACACGUCGUUCCUCGUGCUGUACCUCGCCGUGCACCACCUCGGCGGCUCGACGGCCUCUCGAGCGUCUGCGGCAUCGUCCUUGUCCCCGAGCUCGGCAGCGAGAGCUGCAUCGCCGCCGAGGGACGGCGCCGUCCUCCCGCCGCCGAGGCUGUUCAGCGCCAUCAACAAGAACGGCCUCGCCGUCUUUCUCGUCGCCAACCUCUUGACGGGCCUCUGCAACGUGUCGCUCUCGACGCUGUACGCCUCGGACGCGGUCGCGGUCGCGGUCGUGACCGGGUAUGCGGCGAGCGUGUGCGCCGUCGCGUGGCUGCUGAGGAGGACGAGGGUCAAGCUUGGGUAGCGUGAAGAGGGCGUGCAACUUGGGUGCUCUUUCCUGCUC